AUCCCUCUCUCUCUCUCUCUCUUCUUUUUCCCAACCCAACCACACUAUAUAAACAACAACGACCUUAAUUAAUCCCCGUAAAUUUAUUCCUCUUUUUUUUUUCCCAUUUUUUUUAGUAUUAUUAUUGUUAUUUUCUAUUAUUAUUUGUUUAUUUAUGUAAAUCGAGAUCCCAGUCCCACGGAUCUCCGAACCCCUCGUCGUCGUCGUCGUCAUCGUCGCCGCUCUCGCUCGCCAUGAGGGGGAGGGAGAUGCACCCGCUCUGCUGCAUCACCAUCGACUGCCCCGGGGGCUUCGGCGCCAGAUCGCCGGGGACGGAAGCGGUGGCGGAGCUGACGCCCCCCGCCGCGGAGGGAGGCGGGGGUCGGGGCCCGGCGCCCGCCGUCGCCGGGGUCCUCUACAAGUGGACAAACUUCGGGAAGGGGUGGCGCCGGCGCCUGUUCCUCCUCCGCGGCGGCGUCCUCGCCUACUACAAGCUCCGGCGACCGGCGGCGCAGCCUCUCGCCGCGGGGGAGGACGGCGGCGGGGUGCGCGUGAUCGGCGCCGCCUCCGCCUGGGUCUCGGGGGCCCCCGGCGACUCGGAUCAGAAGCCGAUCGGCGUCGUGCACCUCAAGAUCUCAUCAUUUCGCGAGAGUAAAUCAGAUGACAGACGGUUCUAUAUAAUUACUCCAACGAAGACACUUCGGUUGAGAACUGAUUCUUGGAACGAUCGGGCGGCCUGGAUUGAGGCUCUUGUCUCUGCUAGAACUGAAUCUUCCAUCAAUGGAAAUGUACCUUCGAAGGAGAACAAUGUGCUAUUCUCCACUGAGAAGCUUAGAGAUCGCAUGUGUGCGGAGGGAUUGGGUGAGGCACUUAUUAAGGAUUGUGAACAGAUUAUGCAAUUGGAAUUUUCACGAUAUCACCAACAGGUGAAGCUGCAUUAUGAAGAAUAUUUAAGCCUUAUUGGUACCUUUCCACAGCAUUUGGAGGUGUUAAAUGCCGAAAAUGAGAACACUACAAUUGAUGAGGGCCAGCUGCAGUUGAUCAAACAUGAGUGUUGUAGCCCUGGACAUGAAAAAUAUAGUGAAUACAGUACCACAGAAUCCUCCGAUGAUAUUGAUAAGCAAGAGAUUGAUGAGAUGUCAGAUGAAGAUGAGCCUUGCUUCUUUGAUACAGAGGAGUAUUUUGGUGAACCCGCCAUAUCCUCUGUCUCUGAAAUUAGUGUCUCAAACCAUUGUAGCGAGAAUGGUGAAUAUGGAUAUAAUGCCGGUGAUGCCGAAAUAAUAAAUGUUGAGGUGGAUGAUUAUAAUACAUUGCCAUGUACGAAACGACGCAGGAAAUUGCCAGAACCAGCUGAAAAAGAAAAAGGUAUUAGCCUUUGGUCAAUGAUCAAAGAUAAUGUUGGAAAGGAUCUAACACGUGUGUGUCUUCCUGUUUACUUCAAUGAGCCACUGUCAUCACUCCAGAAGUGCUUUGAGGACUUGGAAUAUUCAUAUUUGUUGGAUCAAGCUUAUGAAUAUGGAAAAACGGGAAACAGUCUCAUGAGAAUUCUAAAAGUAGCUGCAUUUGCGGUCUCUGGAUAUGCUUCUUCAGAUGGCCGCCCCUGCAAACCUUUCAACCCUUUGUUAGGUGAGACCUAUGAGGCUGAGUACCCUGAGAAAGGAAUCCGUUUCUUCUCUGAAAAGGUCAGCCAUCAUCCCGUGGUCAUGGCCUGCCAUUGCGAAGGUAAAGGUUGGAAAUUCUGGGGCGACAGCAAUCUUAAGAGUAAAUUUUGGGGACAAUCCAUUCAACUGGACCCAGUUGGUGUAUUAACCCUAGAGUUUGAUGACGGUGAAAUUUUUCAAUGGAGCAAGGUCACAACAACUAUUUGUAAUAUUAUACUUGGAAAACUAUAUUGCAAUCAUCAUGGAACUAUGGAUAUUUGGGGAAACCGACAACAUUCAUGCAAGUUGAAGUUCAAAGAACACUCUCUCCUUGAACGAAACCCUCGCCAGGUUCAUGGCUUUGUUGAGGACACCUUGGGUACUAAGGUUGCUACUUUAAUGGGGAAGUGGGAUGACAGCAUGUACUGCAGCAUAGGCAAUGAUGUUGCGAAAAAUUGGUCUUGUGUUUCAACACAAAAUGCUACCUUAUUAUGGAAAAGAAGCAAGCCUUCUGCCAACCCCACUCGAUACAACUUGUCGUCAUUUGCAAUUACAGUAAAUGAGCUAACGCCAGACUUGAAGGUUAAGGAGAAACUUCCGCCAACAGAUUCAAGACUACGGCCAGAUCAACGGUAUCUAGAGAAUGGGGAAUAUGAAAAGGCCAAUGCUGAGAAACUGCGGUUGGAGAAAAGGCAACGGAUGUCGAGGAAAUUGCAAGAAAGUGGCUGGGAACCUCGAUGGUUCCAAAAGGAUACUGGGAGUGGAACAUUUCGCUACGUGGGUGGGUACUGGGAAGCCAGAGAACAGAGGAAAUGGAAGGACUGUCCUGAUAUAUUUGGUGAACUUUCAGAGCAUUCCACUGCCGCCGCAGUCUCCAAUUAGAAUAUCAUAGUUACGAGAUAUCCUCUGGUACGAAGUGCUGGUCGGGGUGCGUCAGGAUGCGCCCUUGUGUAAAUCAUUGUUUUUCCAUUGUUUGAUCUUGUAAACACUAGGCGGGUCCGAAAUUUUGCUGAAAAUGCCCUAUUGUAGUCGCUAGCUAGCAUUCUUCAGAAGAGUAGUUCUCUGCUGGAGCCGUAGUUGAUUGUUAUCAAUAAUACCGCCCAUCUUCGUUGUUCACGGAGCCCAUAAAUCGAGUCUACUAGCCCUGUUCUAUUUCAUGCAAAUGAACUGUAAUGGCAUUGGUACAUACAAAUCGGUUCGGGUAGUUCAAUUCGCUUGCAUGCAAAUGCAA